UCGCGACAUGCCGACACCCGUACUCACCACUCACCACUCACCACUCACUGUCCCCAAUCCUCCUUAUAUAAAAUCAUUUAUUCGUUAUAUGAUCUCUUUUCAUCCUAUUUCUGGGUCACAAUCACAUAGAAUUUUAUUUAACAAAACAUAUCUGUUCUAAACAAGCGGUUAACUAAGCAACACAUCACAAUCGAACCUAUACUCAAUAUUUCUCCCGCCCAUAAACCCAGCGUCCCAGCGUCCCAGCCCAUCAUGACCAUCACACUCCCCGUACCUGUCUGGCUAGACUGCGACCCAGGCCAUGAUGACACCUUUGCUAUCCUCAUGGCCGCUUAUCACCCCGCCAUCAAACUCUUGGGCAUCUCAACGCUCUUUGGAAACGCACCAGUAGAGAAAACCACCCCUAAUGCCGCCUCUAUUCUCACCGCCAUCAGCAAACACAACGACGUUCCCAUAUACCGCGGCGCCUCCCAUGCUCUCGUCCGCCCGCCCAUGCACGCCCCGACCGACAUCCACGGCGAGUCGGGUCUCGACGGCACCGCCCUCCUCCCCCAACCGCUCGUCCCCGCCAACACCACAAAACCAGCCAUCGACGCCAUGGCCGCCGCCCUCUCCGCCCAACCCCCGAACACAGCCUGGCUCGUCGCCACCGGGCCGCUGACCAACGUGGCCGCCCUGUUCCAGAAGCACCCCGCCCUCGUGUCCCACAUCAAGGGCCUGAGCCUCAUGGGCGGCGUCUUCGGCGGCGGCUUCACCGACAUUCCCCUGGGCCGCGUCGACUACAAGGAGCGCAUAGGCAACUACACCCCCUGGGCCGAGUUCAACAUCAUAGCCGACCCGGAGGCCGCCUCUUUUGUCUUUUCCCAUAAGCAACUGUCCGCCAAGACGACCGUCGUGCCUCUGGAUCUCAGCCACCAGGUCCUCGCCACCGAAGAAGUCCGCACGUUGCUUUUGUAUGGCGAGGAGGGGCAGCCCGACGGUCCCGACGGUCAAAACGGUCCCAACGGCCAGGACACCCAACAACAGAACGGCCACCCCCAACCCAAAUCCACCCUCCGCCAAAUGCUCGUCGAGCUCCUCAUGUUCUUCGCCAAAACCUACAACGACGUCUUCGGCAUCUCCGCCGGCCCGCCCCUCCACGACCCGCUCGCCCUGGCCGUCGUCCUCAUCGGCACCACGCACGAGGUCGCCUUCCACGACUUCGACACCUCCAAGGGCGGCUGCAUCAAGUACCGCGAGCGCUUCGCCGUCACCGUCGACACCGAGGGCACCUACGAGGACGCCGUCGCGGGGCGGACGCAGGCGGGCCGCACCGUCGCCGCCAAACUCCCGCCCGCGUCCGAGGGCGUCAGGAUACCGCGCCGCAUGGACGUCGCGCAGUUUUGGCGCGUGUUGGAGGAGUGUAUACAGCGGGCGGAUGAGGCGAAUGCCGCGGCUGGGUUUGGGCCGGAGAGUUUGCCGGGGUUGAAGAAUGGGACGACGCGGACUUGAUGUGUCAUGAGUUUCUGUUUUCUUUUUCUUUUUCUUUCUUUCUUUCUUUCUUUUUUUUUUCAUUCUCAUUUUUACGUCCAUUUCCCUACCUAUAUAGAGAGACUCGGUGAAGAUGUAGAGAGGAAGCGACUGAGAGAUUACGACAGACAUGAGGUGCAAGAGUUGAGUUGUGGCUUGGACACCAACACUUUUAGUAUUGUAUACGCAUGCUACGACGCACAGGGGUAACGUUAUACGACCAGACGGCCAGCCGUCUCGUGUCCUUUUUAGCUAGAUCAUGCUAGACCGCUCGAACGAGUCGUUCAUAUAUCAAACUUGAAGAUCAGAGUCAAUGGCUAGUCAACAUGACAUAUUUCACCAUGGGCACCGGGAGACACAAUUACUUGAG